AUGGAGAGCCACAACUUCACAAUGGUGACUGAAUUCAUCCUAGUGGGUAUCACUGACUCAUCCGAGCUACAGGUCCCACUGUUUGGACUAUUCCUUUUCAUCUAUCUCAUCACACUGGUGGGAAACUUGGGCAUGGUCAUCCUUACCAUGGUGGAAUCAAGGCUACAAACACCCAUGUAUUUCUUUCUCAGGUACCUUGCUACUACUGAUCUUGGUUACUCAACAGCUGUGGGACCAAAAAUGUUAAGAAAUUUUCUUGUAGAACAAAAUACAAUAUCAUUUUAUUUUUGUGCUGUCCAGCUGUCUUUCUUCAAUAUGUUUAUUGUUAGUGAAUUUUUUAUUCUCUCUGCAAUGUCUUAUGACCGUUAUGUCGCCAUCUGUAAGCCACUCCUCUAUAAUGUCAUUAUGUCACCAAGAAUGUGUUGGGUCCUGAUAGCAAUCACAUACCUUUAUAGUAUAUUUGUUGCUCUCAUAGUAACCAUAAAUAUCUUUUCUUCACCCUUCUGUGGCCACAAUAUUAUCAACCAUUUCUACUGUGAUGGUCUUCCUUUGAUAUCUCUGCUCUGCUCAUAUAAAAAGGAAAAUGAAAUGAUAAUUUUAAUUUUAUCAACUAUUAACUUGAUUUCUUCACCACUGGUAAUUCUUACCACCUAUCUGCUUAUUCUCAGAGCUAUUUUCAGGAUGAACUCUUCUGAGGGAAGGCAGAAGGCUUUCUCCACCUGUGGAUCUCAUCUGACAGUUGUCACUGUCUUCUACGGGACUUUGAUUUUUAUGUAUGUGAGACCUAAGUCCAGUCCCUCCUUGAAUAAUGACAAGGUGGCUUCCAUCUUUUAUGCCCUGAUAAUACCCAUGUUAAAUCCCUUGAUCUACAGCUUGAGGAAUAAGGAUGUAAAAUAUGUUCUUAGAAAGACAGGGAAAACCUUACAAAAUAUCUCCUCCUAG